UAUUACCUGAGCGCCUUUGUGCCCGCUGGGCAGCUCGGAGCAUCCUGCCCGUGGGCAGAGCCCCCAGGAGCUCCCCGUGUCCCUCCCCUGUGCGGGCAGUGGUUUGCUCCGUGCACCUGCGGCUCGCCGCAGAGCCCCCGCGGAGCCGUGGCCCCGCGGUGCAAGGCCGGAGGCAGCCGCCCGUGGGGGCCCGUCCUCAUCCUCAUCCUCGGGCAGGUGUUUGCUUUCCGAGGGCAGCCUGCGGUGGGCGAGGGAUGCUGGAAGGGCAGUAGGCGAGCCCGAGAUGGAUGGAGUCGGCAGCAACAGGACCAUGUCGUACAGCAGAUGGAGUUACAACAGUGUUUUGGAUGAUGAGGGAAGCAGCCUGCGUCAGCAGAAGCUUGACAGGCAGCGAGCACUGCUAGAACAGAAGCAGAAAAAAAAGCGCCAGGAGCCAUUAAUGGUUCAGUCCAACGUGGACAGUCGCACAAGAACACGCAGAACGAAACACUCAGAAGAACAAGCGCCAUUGGUUGAGUCAUAUCUUAACAGCAACAGCAGCACCAUAUAUCAUGCACAUCUAGAUGGAAUGGUUGUCUCGUUUCUUGAAGAACAGGCUUUAGUGCAGGAGGCCGAACAGGAAGAUGUAAAAGUGGUAGUGGAUGCCCAAGCUCCGAAAUCAACUAAAAAAGCCAAGGCAGCAGCUGCAAGCUGUCAGACUGGCAGCACCAGAAAGGAGAAAAAAGGGAAACACAAAGGAAUUGAUGGCCCAGCUGCUUUUCAAGAUGAUGUUCAGAAGACAGGAAGUCAAGUGCAGAUUCUCACUAUUGGGCAAUCUAGCCAUGAUGAAGAUGAUGGAGAGAAGAUGGCUAGUGGCCAACAACAGCAAAGCAAACAGGAUCUUAGAACAGCAAUGCAGAAGAAGGAUCCCCAUGCAAAUACAUCCUGGUCCUCUUCCACCUCCCAAUCCAGUCUUGUCGCCCUGGAUCAUGUUCCUGGCAUUUCAAGCAGCAUGAAUUUUGAUGAGGAAGAGGAUGAGGAAGAUGAAGACAGCUCCAGCUCUUCACAGCUAAACAGUAACACCCGGCCUGGUUCCGCCACAAGCAAGAAAUCCAAUAAGGAAGCGGCCUCAGCCCCUAGUCCUUCCACAAAUGAGCCUCUCAUAGAUGUCGAUGACCUGGAGGAAUUUGCUGUAAGACCUGCUCCACAGGGUGUCACCGUCAAAUGCAGAAUCACAAGAGACAAGAAAGGAAUGGAUCGAGGGAUGUACCCUACAUAUUACCUCCAUUUGGAAAGGGAGCAUGGUAAAAAGGUUUUUCUGUUAGCUGGAAGGAAGCGAAAGAAGAGUAAAACCUCUAAUUACCUCAUCUCCAUAGACCCAACUGACCUGUCUCGGGGUGGAGAGAGUUUUAUUGGAAAACUGAGAUCAAAUCUUAUGGGAACUAAGUUUACAGUUUAUGACAAUGGAGUAAAUCCAAUGAAAACAACAUCAAGCCUGGAAGCGAGUAUCCUGCGUCAGGAGCUAGCUGCUAUUUGUUAUGAAACAAAUGUCUUGGGGUUUAAAGGACCUCGUAAAAUGAGUGUGAUCAUACCAGGAAUGAAUAUGGACCACGAACGAGUUUCCAUCAGACCACGAAAUGAGCACGAGACACUGCUUGCAAGAUGGCAGAACAAAAAUACAGAGAGUGUCAUUGAGCUGCACAACAAAACUCCAGUGUGGAAUGAUGACACUCAGUCCUAUGUUUUAAAUUUCCAUGGUCGAGUCACACAGGCCUCAGUGAAGAACUUCCAAAUUAUUCAUGAUAACGAUCCUGACUAUAUAGUGAUGCAGUUUGGCCGUGUGGCUGAGGAUGUGUUCACCAUGGACUACAACUACCCAAUGUGCGCGCUACAAGCCUUUGCUAUUGCCCUUUCUAGUUUUGACAGCAAGCUGGCUUGUGAGUAAGGGGGUAUGGGAAAGCAUCCUCUCAGAGGAAGCCGUUUGCCAUACGAUUCCUAAUUCUUGCUGGUGUCACCCAUGGUCCGUACUAAACAGGUCAGGGAAAAUGCAAUUGCGGAGGACCACUGGAUCGCUGGAGAGAAAGUGAAAGGAACCUUCUAAAAAAUCAGGACAUUCAGGAAAUGUUUUCCUUUUUUUCUGUCAUAUUUUUCUGGAAGUGGCAUCAAGUUUGUGUAAAUAGAGGUUCUGUCUCAUGUUCUUGAUUAUGUUAUGGAGAUGUGCCAUGAUGUACUGUACCGUGGCUCUAGUAGCACCAUGAUGACGGUGUGUCUUUUUUAAAUCCAGAAAGUGCGCUCUUGAAAAAUGUCUUUUUACGUUUAAGAUUGAUUCUGAGGCUGCAAUCAUACCUCAAGGUUGCAUUCCUACAUUGAAUAAUCAGAACUUGACAUCGUCCAACAUGAAAGAAAGAUCACAGAAAAAGCACCUUUUUGAAUUUGCAAGGAUCUCGUGUAGUUUAAAGCCAAGUUUAAGGGUUGAAAACCUAUACUGGACUGAAUUUGAUGCAUUACUAUUGUAUAUGUAGAAGGGCAUGAUGAAUUUUAAUCGCAGUAGGAGGAAAUGAAGUAGAAAGCACAAAAUAAUGUUGCACAAGUCACUUGAAUUCUAAGCUGUCAUUAUGUUUUAACAUCUAUAUGCUUUUUAAUUUUUUCAAAUGAAAAUGUAUUGGGAGUACAGGAAGGAAAAGGGAAACCUCUAGGUGCCAAGAAAGCAUAACUUAUGCUGAAUUUGGCAUGUUGCGUGUUGGGAAUUUAUAGCCUUGUAUUGCUGUGGUAAUUCAAACAUAUUUUGUAUGAAGUGAUAUAAACAGUUGGGUAAAGGCUUUCUGCAGAUAAUCUUAUUAUUUUAAGCGGGCUGUGUAAAGCUGAGGAAGGUAAAUGGAAAUAUUUUAUUAAAUUUGUCUGACCUUUUGCAAUUUCACAAUUUGUUGACUGCAUUUUUGAACUUUCAGCAACAAUCACUUUUCAUAUUUAUUUCCCAUUGUAAGAACAAUGAAAUCGACUGAAACUGUGUAUGUUGUUCUGUAAUGUAAAUGUGCCAGCUACUGAGCUAAAUCCUUCUAGGCAAAUCUAGUGUAUGCUGCAUACAAAUGAGACAUUGGCAGGACACUGAAUAGCAUAAAAAUAGUGUGAAGUUUGUUUCAUUUUUUCUGAUUUGUAUGGAAUAUAUAAACAAGUACCAUUUCAAAACCCAAGGAAAGAACAAGCUUCUCUUCUCUUCUUUUCUAAACAUCUCAAAAUCCAAGAGCUGCAACUGAAAGCACAGCAUAAAACAGAUUUAAAAAUAAUGAAUCUUUCUGACAUUGUUCCAUACAAUGCUGUUGCCAAAGGCCCACAACAUAACAGAAUUUAGUAUGUAGUUCACCAGAAGGGUAUUGAAAGGUGUGUAAAGUGAAAAAGUAGUUGUAUUUUAUACUGUGUAUAUGCAGAUUCUCCUUUUUAUCUUCAUAGCCUCAUGUUGCACAACCAAAGUUUACAUAAUAAGAAAGCGAGAUCAAAUCUGCUUGUCUCAUAGCUGUCAGUCCCUUUUUGACUACAGGGGACAGGCCACAAGGAGAGGUUGUGCCAUCUGGACUAUUUAAUUUCAACUAAUAAAAGAAAUAUACUCUCUUUUUCAUAUUUGCCUUCAGGUCUCCUUCCCAGUAUACAGGCAAGGGAAUUUCAGAUAAGAGAUGGAAAUAAGUAAUUGCCAGCAUUUUUUCUAAUCCUUUUGAAAUCUCUGUCAAAAAAGUCUGCUGACUUUGAGCAGUGUUUUGGUGAUAGACUCAGUCUGUCAAAUGUGAUCUUUAAAUAACAGGAGGCUCCGUAAUUUUUUUCUGAUCUUUGGCAAGAAGCGUUUCUGCACAAUGGUAUAAAAUGGAGCGACGCCUUUUAUUGGAAAGAAAUGAGCAGGCAGCUCCCUCAAAGAACGAUCAAAAUGAUGACUCACGAGCUGCAGGCUGAUACUGAACGCUUUGCGCAUGGGUGCUUUCUUUUCCCCUCUGCUUGGUGGUUUCCCACCACCUCACAUUCCUACCUGUGAUCACACUUUGGAUUUUAACUGAGCCCUUUGGUACCUCCUGUCAGUCUUUACAAACUGACACAGUUUUCUGGCUCUCUCUGCGCACAAAGCUGUGUUAAAGGAACCAAGCAUCUGCUGGUGCAAACACACAAUCUUUAGUAGCUGAGUUGGUUUAGGAUGGGUUAUUUUUAACCUGGGUGAUAACAAUGGUCUGACUUGCAUCAUGGCCCCACAGGGAAUUGGUCUGAAAAGGAAGCUCAUGUGCAGUGAACUCUUGCACAAGGGUGAGAAUGAGGGGCUGGGAAAAGGCAGAGAGAUCAGCUUCUUGGGAGAGCGUUGCUGCCAGCACAUUGUGUAACCUCACCCUCGCUGCAUGUUCUUUCCAGGCCAGGUAUUUUUUUGUAGCCUGUAAGCAUGCCAGGAGGAAAGUGGUGACUCAAAUUCCCAUAAUCUUAUCAGAAUCGUACAGGGACAUCAGCCAACAUGCUGCUGGAAAAAAAAAAAAUAAAUCCCUACCAUAAAUUGAGGUCGCUAGAAGGGGACGUUAACCUGGGGCUAACAACAACGAGGAGCUCUCCUGAAAUCUGGUUCAGUCGCAAUAGGAUUUACACUGAGUGGCUUUUGCCAAGCCCCUAAUUCCUCACAAGGUGCUGUGCUCUUGUGCUCUCUAAGAACGUAAUGGUACUGAGCUGUGUGUUUCCUUCGCACAGUCCUAGUGAGUGUUUGGACACAGCAGACGUAGUAUUAUUUAAAAUCCCCCUACUGAUGAUUUUUUUUUUUCAUCUGCUGUUGUUUUUGGCAGAGCGUUGUAAACAAAUUCCCUGCCUGAAUCGCUUAUAGGCAAAUCCUGCACGCUUUAAUGAGAGUCCUUAAUCUAACUUGUCACUCUGUUUACAUCAAACGGUUUCUUCCUGGCCCUUUAUCUAAUUUUCUUCAUCUCUGAUGUUCUGUUCCUUCUCGUUCUCUUCACAAUCCCUUUAUCUUUCCUUCAAGGACGUGCAACUCCGAAGUGUUUAUUUUGACAAUAUUACUCGGUGAUCUCUCCGCAGCUGAGUAAUGCCUUCAGUGCAUAUCCAGUGAUGCUCCUAUAAUAGAAGCCUUAUCAGAGGGGUGAAUUUGGCCCUUUGGCUUUUCGGUGGAGUAAAUUAACACAUUAAAAGGAAGCAGAUAAAAAAGCUUGCCUAAAAUGUAAGCACAAUUUCUCUCGGUAACUGUUCAGGAACCAGAGGUUCCAAAACGUUGGUUGCAAAUCAAUGAGCAAAACUGUCCGCAAGCCCAGAGGCAAACUGUCACACAAAUCCGCUUUGUAGCGCUGCCUUAUUUUUCUUUUCAAAAGGCUGAAAGAGAUUUUGUGGACUAAAAUGUGUUGGUGCCCUAAAAGAGAGUUUAUUUUCCAAGAGCUAAACAUCACUCUGCUCCUUUUGUAGGAUAAAAAACGGCACACGUCGGUGCAUUCGUCCCAUCCCAUAGCCAUGUCAUAAGCCAUUGUUACAAAUUCUGAUGCUAAGAAGUUUAUGAGAAUGGUUUUGUAAUAAAUACUGGGCAAAUCUUUCGCUAUUCAAGUCACCUUACAAUAGUGCUGGAGUUUGCAGCUAGCUGGCUUCGUGAAGUACUAGAGCUAAAGGACCUCUAGUGAAAAGAGCUCUGCUAAUGAAAACUUGUAGCUGCACGAUCAAAAAACGUUGUUGUGAACUCAGAUGAUAUCUGUCAUGAUGAACCAGUGCCAUCAAUUCAAACUUUCUGGCUUCUGCUCCCUUUUGAUGAACAAAAGAAGAAAGAGGGACUUUCAACAAGCAUCGACGUCAGUGAGGUCUGUAAAAGCAACGACCAUUGCAGAGGGGUUUUUACCUGUAAAUAUCUGACCCCGACCUGAGUGCUGCCCAGUAAAAAAUGAGAUCGAUCCAGUCCCUAGUAAAUAAAUGCAUUCCCAGGUCUUGAAUCUUAGCUUUUUGCAAAUCUUAUUAUUCAUUUAGUAUUAAUCUUAUGUAUAAGGAUACAACGAGGACUGAAUGUCACACAGCAAUCUGGGGGUCUUCCUCUGAAGGGAUGAAGACUCCAGAUCAGUAUCAGAAUAUUUUGUCUUCGAUUAUUUCAGUAAGCUAGGGCAGUAAGCUGGGUUACGUGGUGAUUUAGGCAGAAAAUUUCUGCUGAUGUUUGAUGGGCGUCAGAGAAAAUUUUGGAUUUGAUCCUGUGGAAUUCUAAUGAGUUCCCCUGUGCUCUCACUGCUCUCCUAAAACAAGAUUUGCAAGCUUUUUCCUGGUUUUAGAGAAGCAGGCACUCACCAAUAACAGAUCUUUGCUUGUCAAAUAAGGACAGCGCGUGAUAGAGCAGCAGGCACCGGAGGUAGAAUCAUGGGCUGAUGGCUUUCAGAUUUCUCAAAAGGCCUCAUUUUGAUUACUAGAAGAAAGUAAUUCUACGUAUAAAUCGUGAGCUAUCUAACUACAGGUUAUGUGCUACUUCAUGAACCUGUGUUUCUGUUGUUCUUUAUGUAUGCAAUGUACCUUCUAGGUUGCUGCUCUGUAAGUGUUCAUAAUUAAUUGUGUAGCUGCUCGUCAGUUCUUUCUGUUGCUUGCCAAGGAACUAAGAAAAGGAUUUGCACAGCUAUCUCAGUGUUUCGGUAUUUUGCUGUGAAUGAUAGCUCAGUAGCUGAUACUCACAAAUGCCUGUGUACUGGAUGAAAAUGCAUUAAAACUUAUUUUCUAUGUUGUAUUUUA